AUCUUCCACUGCUGAAUUAGUCCUUUUGUUUGUGAUUAUCCACUUCAAGCCAGUCACCUGUUAUUGGAGAAGAAACAUCUUUUUCAAAAAAAAAGGCGGAGCUGACAAGGCAGUAUGUUUAGCCCUUUGCCUUUUUAGCCCUCUGCAGAUUCAGUUCCUAUCCUUGCUUGUUGCUAGAAAUCCUCAAAACAAAGCGGCAUACUUUUACACAAGACCUUUUCAUUGCAUUUUUCUUACAAGUGUUCUUUAUCUGACAGAUCCACUUUGCAGAUGGCUAAACGAUCUUAAUCGUAAAGAUGACAUUGCUCAAAAGCUUGGCUACACGCUUGUAUACUCAAAGAUCUCAUACACCAGGGUCCUUCUCAAUUUAUAUUCACUGGCCUUAUUGUGAAAGUAAAUGCACUUAUUGUAACUUUAAUAAGUACGUUAAUCCUCAACACCCUCCUCAUGAUCGUUUGAUAAACGCCUAUAAAUCCGAACUUCAGUAUUACUUUUCAAAUGAAGCAAAAUAUAAGCUGAAAAAGCGAAAAGUACAUUCGGUUUACUUUGGUGGCGGAACUCCUAGUCUUAUGAAGCCCUCAGGAGUUCGAGCCAUUCUGGAGACAAUCGACCAGCGGCUAGGAUUGAAUAAUGAUAUGGAAGUAACUUUGGAAGCCAACCCAACCUCGAUAGAAUCAUUCAAAUUACGAGACUUUAAACGGGCCGGCAUAAAUAGAGUCUCUCUAGGAAUUCAAUCAUUGAUAACUGAAGAUCUUAGAUUAUUGGGACGGGAUCAUUCAGGGCAAGAAUCAAUCAAAGCACUCUUAUUGGCUAAAGAAAUUUUUGGUGAGAAAAGAGUUACGUUUGAUAUGAUCUAUGGUCGUCCAGGGCAAACCGCAAAAGGUUGGGUACAAGAAUUGAAGCAAGCACUUGAACUAGCAGGAGACCAUGUAUCUAUAUAUCAGCUGACUGUUGAAAGGAGUACACCGUUGCAUAAACAGUCGUUAAAGAAACAAUUACCACAUAUACCAGAUGUAGACACGGCAGCGGACAUGUAUGAAAAGACUGUACAAAUAAUGAAAGAUUACGGCUAUACACAGUAUGAAGUCUCCAACUAUGCUAAGCAUCAAGAGGCUAUCAGUCGACAUAAUUUUUCUUAUUGGCAAGGCAUGGACUAUCUAGGGAUAGGUCCUGGUGCUCAUGGUCGCUUAGCAGAUUUUGAGCUGAAACAAAAAGUUAGGACUUUUGGUGAAUUUCAUCCAAACAAGUAUAUAAAUUUAUGUGAACAAGAAGGCGAAGGACUUCGUAAAAUAGAACCUGUUCCAUUAACCAUUUUGGCUGAGGAAAUGAUCAUGUUUGGACUGCGUACACGUAUGGGCAUACCCAGAACACGAUUCACCGAUACAACUGGUAUGGUUUUGGAUAAUUUUCUCGACCGGGAUGCUUUAAAAAUGUUCAUUGACUUAAAAUUGCUGGUGGAUGAAGCUACAAUCAUGGAUAAAAAAAUACAUAACUACACGCCUAAGGAGCUUAUACAGGAAUGGAACACCUCGGGUGGUAUACGACCUACAGAUGCAGGCUUAGAAAAGAUAGAUUACAUACUUCCCAGAAUUUUAAAAACAAGAGAAGGAUAAAUUAAAGAU